ACAAGUAAUAAAUAAUAAAUACAAAGGGAGGAGUUGGGCUGAAGUAGGGAAAACGCAAAAGACAAAAGAAGGGUGUUCCGUCGUGGCGGCGUGGUGGAACUUCAUUCACAGUGGGUGGCUUGCGUUUUGGAAAAACGGUGUCGUGCGGAAACAGAGGCUACGUUUACCAAUUGAAUCAACAGUAGCUUGUACCUCCAGGUCUCCUUGCCCAUUACAUGCUUGAUAAAAUGCCCAAAUGAACCACAAGACUCUCAUCAUAUGGACAGCUUACGCCAGGAGAAAGUUCAAAGAUUUGAAGAAUUUGUUGACAAACGCCUGAAACCUGAUCUUGUUCAUGCUAUUGCUCAGCGGGACAAGGUAUUUGAACAACAGAAAAUUUUCACUGAUUUGAGAAAAAACAUUGAAAACCUUGAGAAGAAUAGUGUAACCAGUCUAAGAACUUUGGUCAAUAUUGGGUCUGAAGUAUACCUGCAGGCAGAAGUGCCAGAUACACAACACAUAUUUGUGGAUGUAGGAUUUGGAUUCCAUGUGGAGUUUACUUGGUCAGAAGCUCUGAACUACAUAGAUAAAAGGGAAGAAAAGAUAGCCAGGCAGAUAGAGGAGUACACCCAGUUGAUUGCAUCAAUUAAAGCUCAGAUUAAGCUUGUUUGUGAAGGGAUUCGAGAAUUACUGCAACUUCCAGCUGAGAAAUCCUUACCAGAACGGAUAUUUUGAUAUUUACUGAAUCAACGCAUGUGAACAGAACAGAGAUUGAUAUUUAUCCAGUAGGAAAGAUUGUAUCUCUUUCUCUGACCUUAAACCAAAGUACAUGAAGAUAUAUCGAAUGUUGUCUAGUUACCCUUUUUCUAUUUUGGUCUUGUGGCAUUGUGAUGCCUCAAAGUUUGUUUUUGUUAGCCAUUAGGUCUAAACUUGUUAGGGAACUUUGUCAAUAUCAUGCUUUUGAGUUUAUGGGAAAUCAUCUAUAAGAAGGGGCUAGUUUAGUUUUGCAUUCAAAGAAUUUGAAAAAACUUGGCUACACGUACAAACUUACAGUGAAUUUAUCUUCAUUU